GCGGGGACCGGCAUGGAUAGGCGCCGCGACCCGCAGGGCCAGGUGCAGGGCCCGAGAGUCCGGGGUCGCCGCAGCCCGGGAGGAGUGACCGGUCUCCGGCCUGCUUGUGCUGUCCCCGCGCCCUGUCCACUGGACUCCAGAGACCCUCGGAACCCAGAUAGUCUCGCUGUGUCACCCAGGCUGGAGUGCAGUGGCCGGAUCUCUGCUCGUCGCACCCUCCACCUCCCGGACACCAUUGGAGAAACUGGUCAUUUUACCAAGGAUUUGACUGGAAUGGCAUGCUUCCUUUAAAGAAUUAAAGUUGACUUAUCGAGCCAAUUAAAGCACUUUGGGGAAUCUGGCCUCAUACCUUGUCCACAGAGUUCCUGUACAAGGUUCCUGACCUGUGGGAAGCAGCACAGCACCAGCUAGGCAGAGACGCCCCAGGCCAUGUCAGAGCUUUGAUUGAGGCCUGGUAACAGGGAGGCGCUGUCACCCACUGGCCUUGCCAACCCAGCUCCAAGAUGCUGAGCCUGAAGCUCCCCAGGCUGUUUAGCAUAGACCAGAUACCUCAGGUGUUCCAUGAGCAAGGCAUCCUCUUCGGCUACCGCCAUCCACAGAGUUCUGCCACUGCCUGCAUCCUCAGCCUUUUCCAAAUGACCAAUGAGACUCUCAACAUUUGGACUCACUUGCUGCCCUUCUGGUUCUUUGCAUGGAGGUUUGUGACUGCACUGUAUGUGACAGACAUCAAGAAUGACAACUACUCCUGGCCCAUGCUUGUGUACAUGUGCACCAGCUGCGUGUACCCGCUUGCGUCCAGCUGUGCACACACCUUCAGCUCUAUGUCCAAGAAUGCCCGGCACAUUUGCUACUUCCUGGACUAUGGCGCCGUCAACCUCUUCAGUCUGGGCUCAGCCAUUGCCUAUUCUGCAUACACAUUCCCAGACACGCUGGUGUGCACCACCUUCCACGACUACUACGUGGCCAUGGCCGUACUGAACGCAGUCCUCAGCACAGGCCUCUCCUGCUACUCCAGGUUUCUUGAAAUCCAGAAGCCCAGACUCUGUAAGGUGAUUCGUGUGCUCGCCUUUGCUUAUCCGUACACGUGGGACUCCCUCCCCAUCUUCUACAGGCUAUUCCUGUUCCCUGGGGAGAGUGCACAAAAUGAAGCCACCUCCUACCACCAGAAGCACAUGAUCAUGACCCUCCUGGCCUCUUUCUUGUACUCUGCACACCUGCCGGAGCGCCUAGCCCCAGGACGCUUUGACUACAUCGGUCACAGUCACCAGCUGUUUCAUGUGUGUGUGAUCCUGGCCACGCAUAUGCAGAUGGAGGCCAUACUUCUGGACAAGACUCUGAGGAAGGAAUGGCUCCUAGCCACCUCCAAGCCCUUCUCUUUCUCUCACAUAGCCGGAGCCAUACUUCUGUGCAUCAUCUUCAGCCUCAGCAACAUAAUUUAUUUCUCAGCUGCUCUGUAUCGGAUUCCCAAGCCAGAAUUACACAAAAAAGAAACAUGACUCAGACCAUAAGCUUUUCAUGCCAAAUGUCAACAUAAAGCUGCAACACCCUAACCACCACAAGCCGGAGGCGGUUACAGCUUAUCAUGGCCUAAAAUAUUAUAAUGGUUGGUGUCUUUUGAAUGAAUUCAUGUCAAAAAGGUAUUCAGCUGGGGAAAUUUCUCCAACUGUACACUGGUUCUGUGUGUGUGAUUUUAAAAGGAGAACAUGGUUCAAGCAAGUCCUUGUUAAGGCAAACCAUUGAUAUUUCAUUAAUUUUAAAUUUACUUAAAAUGGAGCUUUUAAUUCUAUUUAA